AUGAGGCUACCGCUGUGCCAUCCGAAAUUGGUGCAGGAGCAGGCGCGACCAGGAUACCAUCCGAAAACUGCGGCGUCGCCGCUGUGCCAGCCAGAUCCGAUGCAGGAGCAGGCAGAAUCAAAUCGCUCGCCAAGAACUUGGCCGAUGAGGCUACCGCUGUGCCAUCCGGAAUUGGUGCAGGAGCAGGCGCGACCAGGAUACCAUCCGAAAACUGCGGCGUCGCCGCUGUGCCAGCCAGAUCCGAUGCAGGAGCAGGCAGAAUCAAAUCGCUUGCCAAGAACUUGGCCGAUGAGGCUACCGCUGUGCCAUCCGGAAUUGGUGCAGGAGCAGGCGCGACCAGGAUACCAUCCGAAAACUGCGGCGUCGCCGCUGUGCCAGCCAGAUCCGAUGCAGGAGCAGGCAGAAUCAAAUCGCUUGCCAAGAACUUGGCCGAUGAGGCUACCGCUGUGCCAUCCGGAAUUGGUGCAGGAGCAGGCGCGACCAGGAUACCAUCCGAAAACUGCGGCUUCGCCGCUGUGCCAGCCAGAUCCGGUGCAGGAGGAGGUGGAAUCAAAUUGUUCACCAAGAACUUGGCCGAUGAGGCUACCGCUGUGCCAUCCGGAAUUGGUGCAGGAGCAGGCGCGACCAGGAUACCAUCCGAAAACUGCGGCGUCGCCGCUGUGCCAGCCAGAUCCGAUGCAGGAGCAGGCAGAAUCAAAUCGCUCGCCAAGAACUUGGCCGAUGAGGCUACCGCUGUGCCAUCCGGAAUUGGUGCAGGAGCAGGCGCGACCAAGAUACCAUCCGAAAACUGCGGCGUCGCCGCUGUGCCAGCCAGAUCCGGUGCAGGAGCAGGCAGAAUCAAAUCGCUUGCCAAGAACUUGGCCGAUGAGGCUACCGCUGUGCCACCCGGAAUUGGUGCAGGAGCAGGCGCGACCAGGAUACCAUCCAAAAACUGCGGCGUCGCCGCUGUGCCAGCCAGAUCCGGUGCAGGAGGAGGUGAAAUCAAAUUGUUCACCAAGAACUUGGCCGAUGAUGCUGCCGCUGUGCCAGUUGAGAUCGACGCAGGAGCAGGCAGGAUCAGAUUUGUAG